AUGGCAGUACGGGAGCGCACGCUGUCGGAAAACAGCGAGCUGCAAAACGCGAUCCGGCAGAUUUCGCACAGCGUGACGGCGUCCGGCGGGACGGGCAGCCGGUCACGCGGGAGGGUGGCGAACGGGGGAGAGGACGGGGACAAGAGGUUCGACUACUUGACAGGUAGUGGGGCGAGGAAAAACGGGAGCCUGGCGUACACGCACGUGGACAAGUUCAACUUUCGGGUGUCCGGGGACAAGGGGCAAACGGCAGAGGAGGGGGAGGAGGAGGCCGGGGAGGGCGACGCAAAGGGCGACGCAAAGGGCGACGCAAAGGGCGACGUGGAGGGCGACGUGGAGGGCGACGCGGACCAGGACGAAUUUAUGGCGAUCGCGCCGGCGGAAGUGGAAGAGAGCUGGGGUGGGGAAGAGGGCAAGGACGAGGGCGCGGGGUGGGGCAAGCGGACCGCUAGGCAGCUGUUCCAGAGCGAGGUGAUGAAGGAGGCGCGAUUGGCUAUGGACGGGACGAGCACGAUGAGUGAGAGUGGGACAGAUGGCUCCAAGGGGCGUGGACGCGUGGUCAGUAUGCCACAACUGGAGGUGCCGUUGAGCGACGAGGAGUGA